AUGAACCCUUCCAUUGAAUUCACUGUGUGUGACCUGACGAAAAAUUCUGACGUGGCAAAGGUCUCUGAAGUCCCCACUCGUCUCCGGUGCCUUACUACAACAAUCCUCUUAUUCCUUCUCUCCGCCGUCGGGAUCUCAACUUCACUCGCCGAAAACAGCUACGUAAUCACAUUCCAGUCACCCAACCUCUUCCCCAAAGGCCUCGCUUGGGAUUCCAGCGGACAGCACUUUCUGGUCAGCUCCCUAUGCCACCGCACAAUCUCCACCGUCUCUGAUGCCGGCGUAGUGGAAAUUCUAAUCUCCGAUCCUUCUCUCCCAGAAAAUGUCACUGUUUUAGGGCUUGCUGUCGAUUCAUGCAACAACCGUGUCCUCGGCGUACUCAACGUGCUCAAACCUCUCCAUCCCUUCAACGCCCUCACUGCCUACGACCUCCGCUCCGGCCAACGCCUGUUCUUUUCCCUCCUCUCCCCCGCCAGCAACGGCGAAUCCGAUGGCUCCGACGAAGCAAUCGCAAACGACGUCACGGUGGACUUCAAGGGAAACGCUUACAUCACUAACUCUGCAGAAAACUUCAUCUGGAAAGUCAACGACAAAGAAGAAGCUUUGAUCUUAUCUAACUCCCGUAGGUUCACAGAACACCGCGUGGACCGUGAAGCAUGGUAUAGUUUCUGCGGCCUCAAUGGCAUCGCUUACGUCAACAACGAUUACUUAUUGGUGGUGCAAUCGAAUAUGGGAAAGAUGUUCAAGGUGGAUGCUGAAGACGGCACCGCAUAA